AUGGACUCUAACAAAGGCACUUCACCGCCACCCCUUCCACGCAUGAGACGGACUUUCCAUCAACACCCAUCUUCACGCCCACAACAACCACUCACCAUUCAAGACCGUGAAUUAGAUCGCGCUGAAAGAAGAACACAAGCAUUCUCAAGUUUGGCCCAAGAAUUGGAGCGUGCUGAGCCAUCAAUUCCGACAGUUUAUGUUCCUCAAAAUAAAACUGAAAGCCUAUUAAAGACUAUUAACAAUACUAGACGAGGAAAAGAUAAUAAAUUUGAGGGAAUGGACUUGGGCUCGGAACUUUAUAGAGCCGAAAGAAAGACUCAACAACUACGAAAGACUUCGUUUGAUGAGUUGGUUACUCAAGAAACAACUUACCAAUUUGCAAAUAAGCCAAGUAGCUACAUGUUUGACAAAUCAGAGAAUAUUGUAGCGAAUGUAGAGAAUAUUAAUCUUGAAUUUAAUCAAGUAAAGUCAAAGUCUCGUAUUUCUUUGGGAAAAAAAGAUUCACGUCUUUCCUUCGAAAAUCUCAAGGUAAAAGCGGAUGAUGACCGUACUCCGAAAAAACGGACCACAACUCGCAAAUCAAGUAGAUCAGGAACACCUUCAAAACAUCACACCCCUUCAAAAACUAAAACUCCUAAAAUUAGAACCCCACUGGUCGAUAAAAGCAAUACUCAGUUUUCUGUUAUCAAUGAAAAUGACAUUUCACACUAUUUGGAAAAUUACAAGAAAUCGCCUACCAUCGAAGAAACAAAAGAAUUUUCUGAAAUUACACCAGAUUCUAAAUCUGCCGAGCCCGAAAAUCCUGGAAAUCCAAAUCUCCAAUUCGAAGAUACCCCAUUAACAAGUUUUCUCGUCAAAGAGUCUCCAUUAUUUAAAAACAUAGACUCUAGUGAUUUGGCUUCUUUCAGCACCCCAAAACAAGGUGAAUUCUCAGAAGAUUCUAAUUCAACAAUUAAAGCGUCAUCAACAAGAGUAUCAAAUGUGGCUUCUGUAGAAUAUACACCUACGCCGCAAUUACUUACCAAUGAAUCCCCGGUAUCUGAAUUCACCUCGUCUGUUUUGUCUGACAUCAAUAAUAAGAUUCGAGAACUAGAUGAAAUCGUACAAGAAACGCCACCAACUAUAAAAGGUGUAAUAAUUCCUUUUGUUCCACUUAAUCCAUCAACUACUCCGUCUAAAAGAAUGAGAGUAGAAGAUGAACGUGACUAUUAUCAGAAAAGACUUCGUCAACUAGAAGAAGAGGUUCAACAGGCUAAAUAUGUCGCCAAUCAUUUUAAACAAUUACUUAAUGGACCAAUUUAUCUUAACGACGCGAAGUCAAUUAGAAAGUUGAUGAGCCGAAUUGGAAAAUACAAAUCUGCUCAAGUCAAAGAACAACUCGUAAAAGACGAAGGUGAUGAAACUGGAUUGCCCGAAAGUGUAGAAAUAGUUUAUUUAUGGCUUGAAAGAAAUGGCUAUUUGGAUCAAUAUAUGCUUCCAGAAUUUCGUGCAGUCGAAGCAGUAGCCACCAUGGAGCUUACACCUACUUUUGAAAGAAUGAAAGAAAGUAUCCGAGAAAAGCUCACUGCCGAGAAUUCAAACGCGGACACAAGCAAAGAAUUCGAAAAUCGCAAAAUACAGAAUGUCUGCGCGAUUCUUUCGAUCUUCUCGCAACCAAACAGUUUUCAAUCGCUCAAAUGGCUGAAACUCAGCGAUAUGUCCAUCUCUGAUUCUUAUUUAAUCCAUCUGCACACUCUUCAAUCUUUGGAGCAACUGUAUCUCGACAACACUUCGACCAGUGACGAAGGAAUCGCGAAUUUGGUCGCCCUUAAAAGCACACUUAAACAAUUAGAUCUAGCCAACAAUAUUCGCAUUACCGAUCGUUCCUUUUAUAAUCUUCGAUAUUUUGAAGUCAUUGAACAGCUGGCAUUGGAGGGAACUAGCACCACGAUGGAUGGUCUUCGAACUUUUGUCCGGGAAUCAAGGAGCAAGAAUUUGCAUCAACUCACUGUUCCUCAGGAAUGCCGUGAUUAUCUAAAUCAUCGACAUCUCCUUUACUGCAUUGCACCUAAACAACAAAACUCGAACCGUAUUCCAUUCAUCAUUGAUCCAAGACGUGUUGUUUUGUUGUCAAUGGCGACACUUAAACUACAAUUGGCCUUCCAUUAUGAAAUUAAUCCUAAUAUUUGUAUCACGGGCGGAAAAGUUGAAUUGGCGGAUCGAUUACGAGAAAUUUUGGAAAGACGUCGAGAUGAUGGAAAAGUCUUGCAAUUAGUGGGUGGUCGUGAUUUCUGA